UUUCACGUGGACCGGGGUCUGUGCGCGCCGGUGCCCGGGCCUCGCACUUGCCCCCGCCCCGUGGGAGUCGGGAUUCCAUCUUUCGUGAUGGCAUCCUUGCGGGCUUGAGAUUUGAAGACCUGGCUUCUCAUCACCCACUGGAUUAUGUCAACGACUUUCCUACCCAAUGAUCCUCUUGCAGCACACCGGGCUUCCUCCACCUAAGCAGCUCUCACCCUCUCCUCCUAUGUCAGUGGCCACCAGGUCUACAGGAACCUUGCAGCUCCCGCCACAGAAGCCUUUUGGGCAGGAGGCUUCCUUGCCUCUGGCAGGGGAAGAAGAGUUACCCAAGGCGGGGGAGCAAGACUCUGCCCUGGAGGAGCUAUGUAAGCCCCUGUACUGCAAACUCUGCAAUGUCACCUUGAACUCGGCACAGCAAGCCCAGGCUCAUUAUCAGGGUAAAAACCAUGGUAAGAAACUCCGAAAUUACUAUGCAGCAAAUAGCUGUCCUCCUCCUGCUGGCAUGAGCAAUGCGGUGGAGCCUGCGGCUGCUCCCGUGGUGCCAGCCCCUCCGCAGAUGGGCUCCUUUAAGCCAGGAGGCAGAGUGAUCCUGGCCACAGAGAAUGAUUACUGUAAGCUCUGUGACGCCUCCUUCAGCUCUCCGGCUGUGGCUCAGGCUCACUAUCAAGGGAAGAAUCAUGCCAAGAGGCUGCGGCUGGCGGAAGCUCAGAGUAACUCUUUCUCGGAAUCCUCAGAAGUGGGUCAACGGCGGGCCCGGAAGGAAGGGAAUGAAUUUAAGAUGAUGCCUAAUAGGAGAAAUAUGUACACAGUACAGAAUAAUUCAGGUCCUUACUUCAAUCCGCGCUCUCGACAGAGAAUUCCACGUGAUCUAGCCAUGUGCGUCACUCCAAGCGGCCAGUUUUACUGCUCAAUGUGUAAUGUUGGGGCUGGCGAAGAGGUGGAGUUCCGCCAGCAUUUAGAGAGCAAGCAGCAUAAAAGCAAGGUGUCUGAACAGCGGUACAGGAACGAGAUGGAGAAUCUGGGAUAUGUAUAGUGAUUGUUGUAUUGAGAUAGAGCAGCUUGUCCUGCCUGUUGUUUGCCUUCUGUCAACUUGCCCUGCUUUGUGGUCCUUUUGAUAUGAGUACAUUCCUCUGCUUAAUGUUAAUUCAUGUAACCUGCAGUGGUACCAUAAGAUGUCAAAACUUGGCGGGGGGGUAGCGUGGAGAAAGUGCUUCUUAGGUCGCCUUGCUCUUUCAGGCCAGUUGUGUUGAGCGACUUAUAGCAUGUGACCUACCUACCCCAUCAGAAGUAACUCUUUAUCUUGACCAAGUUCUGGUCAACUAGUAGCCUGACUACUUAGAGCGAUGACUAUUUGAAAAUUUCAUCUUCUUUUGUAAUUUUAGUUUUAUAUACUGUUUAAUAAGGAAUUAUAUUGAGUUCUUACUUCAGAUUGCAGUAAAAAUAGGUAAGCAGAGAUUUCAGUUUCCCAAGACUUCGCUGAAACCACCACCUCAAAGCAUGGUGUGUCAUAAAAUGUCUUUCCCAGGACAUUUUUCCCCUGUAUUACAUUCCCCCUCAUCAUUAAAAUGCAUUGAACUCAAACACUCCCAGUGUACUUGUGCACUUCCAAACAGCUAAACUUGAUUUCCAAUUGUAGGUUUCACAUAUUUAACUGCCAUCUUCUCCUCUUCCCUUCUCUUCUCUUCUCUCUCUCUCUUUUUGUAGUUGAGGUAGCUUGUCUAACAAGCUCAUUUUCAUGCUCCAGCUGUGCUGUGGGAUUUCCAAGCCUAACAUUUAAUAUUCCAUUAGUUUAAGAUAGGUAUAAUUAAAAAUUUUUUUUCAUUCUGAUCUUUAGGAAGCAUAAAGACUUAUUUGAUUUUUCAACUUAGAAUACUUCUUCACUGAUAGCAACAUGCACUUAUAUGAUGGUCUUAACCAUAAAUUCAGAUCACUUGAUAUUUUGUUCUGGCAGACUUUUUGGAUAAUCUGAUUCUUACACUUUACUUACAUUCUUUUCUGUUCCGCCAGUUUGUUGACUGUACUGAAAAAUAUCACUACCUGCUGUUUUAAACAUAGUGGAAAUUUUAAAAAAAGCAAAUCAAGUUUCAGUGUCAUUGUUUCUAGUAGAAAAACACAUGAACUAUGGUUUUAUUCUUUGUAAUUCACCUUUCUUAAAGAUACUAAAAUAUAGAUGACUUUGGUAUGUGAUAAUUAUGAUAGUAUUUUUAUUUUUGGUUUUUGUUUUUAAAAUAAGAUGCUAUAGUGUAUGUCUAAAUUAACUAAUGGAGUACUCUGAAUGUCCAUUAGCUACAUUUUAUUGACUUACUAUAUUUCACUUUACAUGGAUAAGACUGGUGGUCGUCCAUACUUCUUUUGAAAGGCCUCAUUCACCAGGAAGUUCAUAUUAAGUAGUAUCUUUGCACUAUGGUUAAUUCAUACUUGAUUGUUUAUUACUAAUUAGAGGUAAAAUUCUUGUUUUUUUUCUUGAGAAUUCUGUGGGCAAAUAAAUGGGGAGAAGGCCAAUUAUAAUAAUCACUUCUUUUCUGUAAUACUUUGGAACAAUGUUUAAAGAAACCUAGAUCCAUCUUUAAAAAUCAGUUUUGUGUGAUUAACCUUUUGUACAAGUUACUGUCUUCUAUUGAAGUGGUGGUUUUUUGAAAAGUAGAAAAAUUUGGUAACUUUUUUCUUUCAGAAACAGAAGAAUGAAAUAAUAUUCUGUUGAGAUUCUGUCUAGUCCUGUGACUCUUGAUAUAAUAACCCUUUUUUGUAGUAAUCUAUAAAGUAUAGCUGAUUAGUUUAGUGUCAUUUAGGACUUUUCUCAUUGGCCGGUAAAUUGCUCAUUUUGCUGCUAAGUAUAUUUUUUUGGUCAAUUUUAAUAUUAUAAUACUGGCCACUUGGUUCUACGAUUACUUAAAAAUCUCAUGUUCUUCCUCUGGAGCCAUGUGUAUGCACACCCCUCCCCCAUGUGUGUAAUCCCAUAGAGAGGGUCUUUUCGAACCCUUAUUACAAGUAACAGUAGAAGAUAUGAAUAUGAAUUUACAUUUUAUAAAAGUGACUUUCAUCCACUCUCAGUUUCCCUUUGGAAAGAAUUCAAAGGAGGAUUUCCCCCACUCUUCCCCCUAAGCAAUUUCAUUAUAAACAUACAAAAAGCAGUGGAUUUAGGGCUUGAUGUUUUUCAGGCCUUGUGUAUUCAGGUUUCCAGUUUCCCAGUGCCCUUAAUGGAUGUUAUGAAUGCAUAAGCGCAUUUCCUUUUAAAGAAAGAAAUUAGAUUUAUAGUGUUAUUUUUUACUUGCUCUAUUUCUUUGCACUAAAAACAGAGCUAUGUGUUUGUUUUAUAUGACACUUUAGUACCAUAUUGCCUACAAUAACUCAAUUUGCUCCUUAAUUUCCAAACUCUAGGAAGUUGAUAAAUCACUUCCACGGUCAUUUAUAGAGGUUACAUGCACAUCCCCAAAAAACUCAGACCUCUGUGACAAUAGGUUGUUUUGGGUUUGUUACCUUGCAGUGUUCUCCUGUGUUCCAUAGGUGAAACAAAGGCUGACAGAGGGUAUCAGGCAAGAAAUGCCUAAAGAGAUGCAUCUCUGCGUGGUAUAGUUUCUCACAUUCACAUAUUUUAUAUAGAGAGUGAUUUUCCCUGAAUAAGCAGGCUGCUGUUUCUUCUGAGUCACUGAUAUGUGAUCUCUGUUGGUUUCAUUUUGUGAAAUCCAGUCUUGCUCUGUAAUGUACUUUAGGAUUUGCAACCUGUGCUCCUGAGGAAUCAUGUUAGUGUCUUUUUAUAUGCUGUAUUCAAGGAUGGAAAACCUUUAGUAAAAAAAAUUAAGUAGCUUUCAGUAAUCAUCCACAAGAACCCAGAACAUCAAAGUCUCUUUUCUCUGUGAAUAUAUUUGUGUCAGCUGUCAUUAAAAAAAAAAAAAUCAGUGUUAGAAGAUGACAAUUAGAAACUCUUCUUCGGUGUUAAGAGCAAGAAAUUGGAAAGGAAAAAUGCCAUGCUUCAAUUAACAGAUUGGAUUGCAUAUGCCUUUAAGGUGGUUUUUUAAAAGAAAAGUUUAGUUACCUUCUGAUUAUUUUGUGCCCUGUAAUCCUUUUGACUCCAUACUGAAAAUACGAUGACUUUGUACAUCAUGUCCUGCAACUUGUAAAUAUGUGCAUGUUGUUUAUUAUGUCUGUCUGCUUGUCCCUUAUUGCACUGAAUUCUGCAAGGUGAAUAAUUUUUUUUACACCAUUUAUUUUGACAAAGUUCCUCAACCAACUCUUCCUCCCUAUUUCCCCUUGAAUGAGUUGGUAAACUUAGAAAACCCUUUAGGAUUUUGAAGCCCCGAGGUCAAAAAGAAGAAUCAUGGCUAUCUGAUAUCAUCCUUAUGUCUCUCCGACUUACAAGGCUGGCAAGAAGCACGAAAUCUCUUCCUCUGUAGCUGUUCUACAAAACGAUGUGCUUGCUUGUAGCUACUUACCCACAGUUUGAACAAGGAGAAUAGGAGUACCAUAUUGCUGACUAACUCAAUUUGCUCUUUAAUUUCCAAACUGUAGGAUGCUGAUAAAUAACUUCUAUGGUCAUUCGUAGAGGUUACAUGCACUUUCGAAAAAUAUCACAGAUCUCUGACAGCAAGUUGUGUUUUGGGCUUUUUUUCUUGCAGUAUUCUCCUGGGGUGUAUGGAAGCAAAGAUAAAUCCAUAUCAGUGACAUCUUCCUUCACUCCUGAGCUGGGUGGGACAGCAAGCAACGACAGUUUGAGGACUGUCCAGUACCUGUGUAGAAAGAGUCUUGUCUGUGUCACGGAAGACAUGUAACAAUUCGACAAUAUUCUCUACAGCAGGCCUAGGAAGGUUUUGAAACCUAACUUAUUUUCUUUCUUCAUUGCUAGAACUUAGGCUGGAGGUACUCUCUGAAGAACUUGGUGAGACAUGCACUAAAGACAAUGAACUCUUUAGAAUUGAAAAAUGUUCUGACAGGAUAGGUAAAACUUUAACAUGAGUUUUUGAACAGAUGUUUAAAAAAACUCCACCGUACCAACUAUUUUUUUCUUAUCAGCUAAAUCAUUAUUCAGGCUUUUUAUAUAUAAUAAUAAAAAGUGUUCUUUUUUUGUUUUUGUUUAGUUUUAUUUUUGGCAAGGGUUUUGGGGGACCCUACCAUCGUGAGUUAUGACUGUCAAUCUAGCUGAAUCGGCAAAUAGCUGUGUAAAUAGCUUCUCAUAGACAUUUCUACUGUUAUAAUAGCUGUUUGACUUUUUCUUCCCAUUAUGAAUGGGAGGAACAUUUGUAAACUCCCUUUCUGGGUAGCUACCAAAAAAAAGUAGUGGCUUGUGGUCCCAUGUGACCCUGUCUCCGUUAAGCCCAGAAUGAGUGCCUUUAGUAAGUGUUAGCAUUUCAAGGAGAGAAGAGAUGACAGAAUUAUUGCCAUUAAUCACUGUUCCUAAAUAGAAGCUUAGAAUAACAAAGGUCUGUAGUGAUUUGUUUUAUAUCUUUUUUUUUCUUGAUGCAAUCUCGAUUGGAUGUC